AUGAAGAUUGGGACGGUGUUCGUAGCUGUUGCUCUUUUGCUAUACAAGGUACAAGCCCAGAUUUGUGGUCCUCCGAUAUUACCACCGCCACCAUUGCACCCACCAGUGUAUCCCAACCCACCAUUACCUCCGGUUACGCCUGUAGUCGGAACGACCAUAAUCGAUACUUCACUUUCAAGUGCACUCGCAAAUGUUCUACAAUUAUUGAUUGUUAGUGAUUUAAUAGAAUCCACUUUAAAUACUGCUUUAGGACAUCAUUCAGUACCUGUUACUCCUGUUUGUGAGCCGAUUGCACCGCAACCGAUUGUCUACACACCAACAGUCGAAGUAACACCUGUUACAGAAUUUUUCUCACCACCUUGUUCUCCAAUAAUAGAUUAUGUUCCAUCACUAGGACCAAGAGUUGAUAUUCUACCACGUCAUGGUCCAGUGAUAGAUUAUUUACCUUCAUGUGCAACAGUUGAUUAUAAACCACCGUGUCUUCCAUCUUUUGAUUUCAUACCACAAUAUGGUGUAGGACCUAUAGUCGAAUAUUCAUCUCCUUGUCCGACUGUUAUCGAUUUAAAGCCACCUUGUCAUCCAUCUUUAGAAUUUACAUCGCAAUUCGGACCUGUGAUAGAUUACUUACCCGCACCGGUUAUAGAUUUUGCACAACCGUGUUCUCCAGUAUUUGAUAUGGUGCCACAAUACGGACCUGUAAUCGAUUUUGUUCCACCGCCUGGACCUAUUUAUGAUUUUGCACCUCCUUGUGCAACUUUCAUAGAGCCAUUGCCGAAUUUCUAUGGGGAAUGUAUAACACCAACCCCGGUAAAUAUACCGACAAAUAACUAUUGCGGAUUUACUGAAUAUGUUACGCCGAUGUAUGGAAUGCAAGAAAUUAUUGGACCAGUGCAAAUGGCGCCUGCUGUACCAAAUUGCUAUAAUGGUAUAAGUGAAGUAAUAGGUCCUAGAGUAACUGUAGGACCUGUGGCAACAGAGAUUUUGUAUCCCUCAAAUGUUCCAGCUCAAAUGACAUGUAAUAUUGGAAAUCUACCAACAUCUCUGCCAUUUGUCAGCGUGGAUCCGUUACCCUGUGGAUGUGGUUAUGGCAACAACAUUGCAGGAAAUACGUAUUAUUAUUAA